CCAGCUUGAUAGGAAGGUCACAGGGGCUUCAUCUAGUACCCAGACAGCGACUGUUCCUUAUGCAGAUCAUUGACAAGAAGAUUACCCUGUAUGUCUACAACUGGUCCAGUGAGUUAAUGGACAGUCUUAAGACGACACUUCAUCGUCUGGUCAUGUGGCAUAAUUCUCGUUCUCAUCUACUCGAUUGUCUCGUCAGUCAGAAGAUGGGACUUUUCAAUCACACCUACUUUGGCACAAACAAAUUGAAGGAGAAUCCGUUUUGUCGCUCAUUGGAAGAGAUAGAGUCUCUGAUCAAAUACACCGUUCCACCCAAGAGGGAAUUCUCUUCUAGGAUGACCGUCUCAGCUCCAAAGUCUGCCCGCAAGCUCCACCGAGGACUACCGCCAUUUGAUGAGACAUUACGUAAUGCCAAGAUACGACGCACAAUACAGAAGAGUAACUAUGAUGUUGCCAAGGACCCAGUGGUGCGCAGUGGAACUCAGGCUUUAGAGGUUUGCAUCAUCACUAAAAAAGAAACUGAAAUCUUAAAGAAGCUUGAGAAUUUGUACAAUACAUGGCAAAAGCGCAGUGCCCAGAUAACUCAGCCAGUCAGUCUUGAUACUCUGGACCUCCUGAAGCAAUCAUCCCGUCUUGUUCACUACUGUGCCACCCCUCUGUUAUUCAGCCCCGCCUGGCGCCAUUUUGUCAUGAGUGACAUGCCGGAGACUGCAUCCUCUCACAGCCCCAACCAUUCAUCUGGAGGGAUGGUCGCUGAGGAGGCGUGGCAUAUGGAUCUUCGAUCAUCUUUCUUACAGCAAUAUGUCCAGUUCUUACAGAAGUUGGGGUUGACUCCCAUCGAGACAAAAGUGUCUUCCCCGAGACAAACGAUAAAAACUGUGAGGCUUAAGGAUGGUGCUCGGAGCCAUAGUCCAGUCCACAGGAAAUCCCUGGGGAUAUCCGCGUCUCAAUAUUUGCAGAUCUCUGUUGCUGGUGGGAUCAUUCUGAUUGAAUUGUCAUAUCAGCAUGCAUACUUCUGUGUACGUAUCUAUGCAUUCGAGAGCUCCAGAGUACCAGGAGUGGACAUCAACCAACAACUCGCCAUGUUAUUCACAGAUAAUUGUGACCGAUACAAGGAUCUGAUCCAUCUGCACUCCUUUGCUCAUGACUUCCACCUGCGUACAAUUCAAUCUUACUUCCAUCGGCCUGAGAUGGGCUUCAAGUCACACUACCAUGUUACAAGGUUCUUGGCUGAUUUUGUUAAGUUCUUUACACCAAGGCCAAAGUUCUGCCGCAACCAUAUCCACCAAGAGCAUCAGGGAUUCUUGAGCCACAACACUCCAGCCCCUCUCCUGUAUCAAUACCUCAUGGAUCACCCACCACCAAGUAUGAAGAAACUGAGUAUGUCUAACGGCUCCAUCAACCCCCAAGAUGUCUCUGAGAACGAGGAGGAAGAAUAUGCAGUCGUUAACCUCAUCCCCCGCUCCGCUGUCUAUAAAGACAAUAAAGGUAAAUGGUGCCAUGAUGAGCUGGAUCGCAGCGUGGUCAUCUGCCGUAGUGAGAGCCAGAGUCAGACCCGACCCAACUCUCCAACUCCAACGACUCCCGAGCCUUCCACUACAAACAUCCCCCAGGAUCAGUCCUUGGUUGUGGACACCAACCCUAACUUGCUGAACCUCUGCUUCUAUGUGAUUGUGACGAGUAAGAGAGAUCUGUAUCCAAUCCAACAUGGCUGGAAGAGCAAAACGCCCUUUGUGAACUUCCCGCAUACUGGUGGAAUCCCUCCUAGUGAAAAUACCCGUAGUUACAUCCUCCUGAAGGAAGAGGUACAGCACGCCAAGGACAGGAUCGUCACCACUGUACGCCAGGCUGCCAAUAACUGCAGACGAGAUACUCUAUGGGAUCAGCUACGACAGGGAGAAUUACUAGAAGAAGGUGGAGCUUCUUCAUCAGCUGCCAGUAAAAGGACCAGAAGAAAAGAAGGGGAUGAACCUAAAGACGAGUUUUCUCAUAGGUUACCCCUGGACAGGUUUGCUUCACAGAAUCGACCGAUACCGCCAGAGAUAAUCUUCCACUGUCAAAAGCCAAGCAUACUUCGCAUGACGUACCCAGAGUUCAAAGUUCUUUUGGACAUGGUUCACCAGGUUCCCCUCAGCCACAUGGAUGAGAGACUUGUACCCCUGCUCAGUAAUGGUAUAUCCUGGUAUGAGGGCUUACUCAGGUUUCUCAGGUCAAAGUUCAGCCACAUGACUCGAUUCUUCACUAGCGAGGACAACCUUGUGACUCACUUAGCCUUAAUCAACCCCAACCACCCUGAUAUGAUGGUGCUACUCACUGUCGACAAGCAAGCAAAUAUGUCUGAGUUGGUUGCGAUAUUUCGUGAGGAGCCGCAAGGGUCGUCGAGUGAUUCAGAGUCCAAGGGACAACAAGUCUUGGCCACUCAACGUCAGAUGGAAAUAGUCAUCGAUGCUGUUACUUAUUAUAUGUGGACUACUAUUAUAUGAGUGAACAGGAUUGCUUCAUGAAAUAGUCACUGUAUCAAGGGGAAUAGUGUCACUGAUGUUAUGUAUGACAUGACGACAACUAUUGUAUGAAUGAACAGGAUUGCUUCAUGAAACAGUCACUGUAUCAAGGGGAUAGUUUUCACCGGAUGUUAUGAACGACAUGACGAUAACUAUUAUAUGAAUGAACAGGAUUGCUUCAUGAAAUAGUCACUGUAUCAAGGGGCACUGAUGUUUUUUAAUUUCAUGGGUCCAUGGAGAGAAUAUAAAGAAGGAAGUUUCAGUUUUAAAUGCGAGAGGAAAACCCCAGAGAAUGAUUCCAGGGCCCCCGGCAUGAUUCAAAGCAAGGUCCUAGAUGUGGAGUGCAAUGAAAGAUAUCCCUACGCCAACCCUACCAUUGAAGACUUGACAACAAACUGUUUUGUGAAUAGACAUGGUUGCUUCAAAAACUAGUCAAGGAGUAAAGUCUGAAGUGCUGUCAGUGCAUUGAAACAUGUCAUGAAACAGUCUCUGACUUCAGAGAAAUAGUGCUCCUCACUUGCUGGAUUAUCUUUGUAAACUACUGUUUCAUGAUGUCUGGUUUCAAACUGAUCAUGUGAUGUAGACUGUUUGCAGUUGGUUUGACACAAAAUAACUUUUAAAAGAAGAAUUUCAAAAGAUAACGGCUUUUGAAAAUGACCUGGUCACUGCACGAGUGUGCGCUGGCCGUAUAAUAUGAAUGGCCAGUGCAUACAUGCAUUAAACUGGGUGAGAGUUCAUAAUUCCAUGCACAGCUACUGACCUGCUAUGAUUAUGAUGAAGGCCCACUUUAAAGGACAUAUGAAGGGAUUAGUUCCAUGUUUUAGUUUUAAAAGAGAGUAUAUUCUUUGGUUUCAACAAGGUCUUGCGAAAACUUCAGCAGAAAGCUUCAUGAACCUGUCAUAAAAACUAAUAGAGGUUAUUUAUAAACAGAAAACCCCCAGCAAUAUUCGACUCUAAUCUGGAAUUUUUGUUUCUGUUGGAUUAAUUAUGUGAAACUAUAAAUCAUGCGACCUUGUAAAUAAAAGUGCAGGUGUAUUAUGAUAAACUUAAAUCUACCUUUGUAUAUCUUAAGUCUACCUUUGUAUACAUAUAAAUACUAAAAGUUAUUUUUCAGUUAUAAUUUUUCCUAAAUCUUGCUCCAGUACUUGGGGAUAUUUUCUUACUUCUAAAUUUGGGAGUUUCAGCAAUAAAUGAAAGUGCUCUUAGUGUGUAUGAUGUGUUAAGCUUCAAUCAAGGCUACGCCAGUUUGGUUCUGUUAUACAUGUAUGUAGGGUUUUUUAUUUAUUCAAAAUGGUGUCUUUAUUUAAAAAUAAAAGUGUACCAUUGAUUGACAUCAUACACAUAAAGUUAAAAUUGAUCUUCUAGAGACAAUCAGAGCAUACUGAUCGAGUUAACAAACCUCACCUAUUACAGAGUUGUGUUAUUGGGCAGCUUGCAGCCAACAUGUUACUGUUUUAAGAUCUGAGCCCAACUUCAAGGAGCUGUUAAGCAAAAAAAAACAUGAGGCAUUGUAGCCCAACAAGCAACCAGUUCUAGACUAUCCCCAAGAAGAAAAGCAUUCAUAUUAAACAAAUUUCCAAUAUUCUUCUUGAGGAUCAUAAGACA